AUGUCCAGCGAUUAUUUCACCGGCAGCGAAGGGGCGCGACAGCAACCGUGCUAUCCCGACAAGUUACAAGAAAUGUGCGAAGCGCCAGCUAGUAGGUAUGUCAGUGAAGAAGAGGGUAAAGAGCCACAACAGAAACAAAAAAAAAUUCGAUUUGACCCGUCCCAAGAAGCUGUCACAACUCCGGCAAAAAAAACCAGGUUCCGGACGCACCAUCUGUCACGUUCGUCGAGUCAGAGGAGCCAGGUGUCUCAGCAUACGCCUAACCAAGGAUAUGCAUGUAGUCAUGUUCCCUCCAAAAACUCAACAAACGCAGCAAGGGGAGAAAGCCAAAAUCCUUUUGAUGAUCCGAUGACGAACCCCGAAUUAAGAUCACAAAUGCCAACCCGACCAAGAAAAAGUCUUCGAAAUAAAAUGCAGGCGUUUAACGAGGAUGUGGAUGAAGUUAAUACCAUAGUCAACGCCGAAAAAACACCACACUCUCUGGCUUCUAAGAACAAGACACGUCAUUCGGCGCCGAUGUCGCGAAAAUCCAGCUUUGAGGACGAGGAAGACGAGUUAUACCCUCUACACUACCCCCCUCCAAAGACUGAAGAUGCAUCGUGGUCUGACCUAGAUUCUCAUCGCUACUUCUACGGAGCAGAAAGCGAAGAUGAAAGGCGGAUGGCUCAGAGUAAGAGAUCACACUCAGUUCCUGGAAAUUUUAGGGAUGUGUACUCGAAGCCAUCAAAAUUAGGUCGCUGGACUGAGUCCUCGAGUGUGACACUUGGAACUUCAUCCGGGAAAUUAACGCCUGAUGAUGAAAGAGCUGAGCAGCAAACCACCUCAAAUACUCAACAGUAUAGCGGUGCUUUCCUCUCUUCCAUGAUGAAAUUGUUCAACGCACCCACGAAUGGUCCAGCACAAUCUUCGGAAAACUAUUAUACGGAAAACUCUAGCUACGUCGCUUCAGGCGCGGUCACUCCGAGGAAGGCUACCAAGUGGGGCUACUUUAGGAAUCAGUCAGAUGAUACUCUAACCUCUGCUACCGAAGCAUAUAGUCUGCCGGGCCCACAAGGUGGCCUGAAGAGCUCUAGAAGACCCCGGCUCGGCAUGGGAAAAAAGCUGCAUAGCUCGGGAUUGAUUGACUCUGCCAAGAGUAAGCUUGCAUGCCGACCAAGACUCGAGGAUGAAAUAAGAAUCACUGUUCACAUCGCAGAAACUCUCAGUCGACAAAACUAUCUUCUCAAACUUUGCCGCUCACUCAUGUUAUUUGGUGCGCCAACGCAUCGACUUGAAGAAUACAUGCGAAUGAGUGCUAGAGUGCUCGAAAUUCAAGGACAGUUCCUCUAUAUUCCAGGCUGUAUGAUAAUUUCAUUUGACGACACUACAACUCACACGACAGAGGUUAAGCUCGUUAAAACUGUCCAGGGUGUAAACCUCGGACUGCUAAAGGAUAUACAUGAUAUCUACAAGGAAGUAGUUCAUGAUGUGAUUGGAGUUGAAGAAGCCACGCAGAGACUAGAUAGACUUAAUAACCUCGGUCCUAAGCACAGCCCAUGGGUGCUCGUUUUAGUUCAUGGAUUGGCUAGUGCAUCUGUAGCUCCGUUUGCCUUUGAGGGACGCUACAUUGACCUGCCAUUUUGCUUCAUCCUCGGAUGCAUAUUAGGCUUUCUUCAACUCAUCGUUGCUCCCAGGUCUGAUUUGUACAGCAAUGUUUUCGAAAUUACUGCGGCUGUCUUAACUUCCUUCCUAGCUCGAGCCUUUGGCUCUAUUCGCGGUGGUCAUUAUCUUUGCUUCUCGGCUAUGGCCCAGUCAUCACUUGCUUUGAUUCUUCCUGGAUACAUGGUUCUAUGUGGAUCGUUAGAACUCCAGUCUCGCUCAAUGGUCGCCGGCUCUGUUCGCAUGGUGUAUGCCAUCAUAUACUCUUUAUUUCUUGGUUUCGGCAUAACUAUCGGGACCGCAUUUUAUGGUAUUCUCGACUCAAACGCGACGAGUGCGACAACUUGCGCCAAGCCAGGCCUAAGUAUCUAUGAGAAAUGGCCAUGGGUUCCCGUGUUCACCCUUUCGCUUUGUAUAAUAAACCAGGCCAAAUGGAAACAGACUCCGGCUAUGCUUAUCAUAGGUUUUGCUGGAUAUAUUGUAAACUUUUUUAGCGCCCAGAAGUUUCCAUCUUCGGCUCAAAUCUCAAACGCUCUAGGUGCCUUUGCAGUGGGAGUCCUGGGAAAUUUAUAUUCUCGCAUGCGGCAUGGGGUUGCCGCUGCCGCGCUACUGCCUGCCAUAUUCGUACAGGUCCCCUCAGGUCUCGCAGCAUCAGGAUCUUUACUGUCAGGACUUAGCAGUGCCCAGAAGAUCACCAACGGCACAUCUGACAGAAAUCUUACAUCACAGAUAAACGGGACAAGUUCUGUAGGUUCAGAUGACGCUAGCAUAUUGCACCCUUUUCAUACCAAUGAUUCCGAUCCGUCGCGACAUUACUUUACACUUCCACUCUUGGUUUCAGUUUCCUCCCCUGAGGAUCUCAACACCAUAGUCUUCAAUGUAGGAUACAGCAUGAUUCAAAUUGCGAUCGGAAUAACAGUUGGAUUGUUCAUGAGUGCUCUGCUUAUAUACCCAUUUGGAAAAAGAAGGAGCGGCUUAUUCACUUUUUAA